AUGCAAAUUAAUCCAAUGUGUUUAAAGGAAUUCACAAUUGAUUCAGCAUUUGUGGACAAAUACUCUGAUUUGGGAUCAGAUGUCAUCACUUUGUUUGCCGAUCACACUGUCUAUAAACUGUCUGUCAGUGCAACCGAUCCAAUGAAUCCCAUUUUCAAACCCAAUGGAUCCGUACCAUUGAAAGAGUGGUCGAAAGGCAUCGGCGGACCCAUUCAUGCCAUAUAUUAUUACAGACGAGAGAAAAUUGAAACAAAAAAUUACUAUAUCGGCAUUCGAUGGUAUUUGUGGUCACAAAACAAGACAAUCAUUGGAAAUGCUACAAUAAUUACAAAACUUGAAAAUAAUUUCCGGCCAAUUAUUGUGGAAAAGUUGACUAUCAAUCCAUACGAGUUGACACAAAGUUACUUAUAUCACGACAACAACAUCACCGUUGAGACCAGAUAUCACAAAGGAAUGGACAAUAUGUCGAUAACUGAUUAUCAACUGAUCCCUCGACUCAUGAACACAACUAAUAAUAAGCUGACCGUCGAUGAGAUCAGUAGAUAUUUCAAUCAAACGACGGCCGGCUUUGCGUUCAAUGAUUAUAUCUAUUUGUUUGCCGGCAAUCGUGUCUGUCGUAUGCAUAAUAAAACUCUUCAUUUCGAUGACAAUUGUUUGACACAAACCAUCGCUCAAUGGCUGGCAAUUGACUGCAAAGACUAUAACCAUAUCAUAAUAGUGUUAAUUAUCGUGAUUUUAGGGGUUAUUUGUUUGGUUACAAUAGCAGUGAUUUUAACACUGAUUGGCAUUAAAACGAGACACAGAUUUAGCCCUGGUUUCCAUCGCAAGUAUAAAUCGUCGCCAAAUAAAGUGACCAACUCUUCAGACAGCGGUUCCGAUGACCAGAAUCACAAUUCCUUAAAAUCUGGGCCCAUAUCCGUGUCUUUGAAUGACAACAGACCGACGGAUCUCAAGAUUAAGAUAAUUGUGGUUUUAAUAAAAUCGUUGGUUGUAUUGAGCAAAUCGAAUCCCAUGUGUUUAUCAGACUUUACCAUUGAUUCGGCAUUUGUGGACAAAUACUCUGAUUUGGGAUCAGAUGUUAUCACUUUGUUUGCCAAUAACACUGUCUAUAAACUGUCUGCCAAUACAAUGGAUCCAAUGAAUCCCAUAUUUACAUAUAAAGAGUCCAAACCGUUGAACGAGUGGUCAAAAGGCAUUGUCGGUCCCAUAACUUGUGUCCAUUAUAUGGAUUACGGAAACAUCAUUGGUGUUGAAAAUAAAGAAAUUAGUAAUAAAUGGCGAAUAUGGUCAGAGAAUAAGACAAUUAUUGGAAAAUAUAAGCCGGAUUGUUCUUAUCCGUCAAUUAUUGUCGAAAAGCUGGUUAUCCUACCAUUUGAUUGGAAACGAAGCACUAUUUAUAUAGAGAAAGACAUUUUCAUUCAAUCGGAUUAUUGGCUCAUAGGAUCCAAUAGGGGUCAUCGCGACCACAUGUAUCUGAUCCGAGAGCUUAAGAACAAUGCCAUCAAUAAUAGGCUAACCAUCGAUGAGAUUGAGGGCUAUUUGAAUGAAACGACGGCCGGCUUUGCAUUCAAUGAUUACUUCUAUUUGUUUGCCGGCAAUCGUGUCUGUCGUAUGCAUAACAGGACUCUUAAGUUUGCGGACAAUUGUUUGAAUCAAACAAUCGAUCAAUGGAUCAGAUGUGGAGAAAUGAACGGCGAGACCUUCCCAUGGCUUCUGAUUAUCAUAAUAUCGAUUACUGUAAUACUAGUAUUGAUGACAGCAUUGAUGGCGUGUCUUAUGUAUAGAGUUGUGACCGAAGAGGAAGAGGACAUCACAUCUAAGCCUACAGUUUACCCGAAGUAUAAAACAGUGGAUCAAAAUGUAGACACUUUGCCGAGAAAAGAGUCGACAACAUCGCUAUCUUCGGCGUCGAGUGAUAACAGACCCACAGAACUGGCAGUAAAGAGAUCGUCGUCUGUAAAGUCCAUGAAGUGA